AUGUCUCUGCUCAUCAGUUAUGAGGGGCUUCGGCAUCAGAUCGAGAGGCUGGUGAGGGAAAAUGAGGAACUGAAGAGGCUGGUGCGGCUCAUUCGGGAGAACCACGAGCUCGAGUCAGCAAUCAAGACACAGGCGGGUGGCCUGGGCAUCAGCGGGUUCACCAGCGGGCAUGCGCGCGGAGCGGCGGCGGCUGCAACGCAAACAGAGGCCGGGGCGGCUUCGGGCUCAGCGUGUGGCCUGCGUGGGGCGGUCGGGAGGCCGCGGCAGGGCGAGCUCACGGGGAAGACGCCGCAGGAGGGAGUUGGCCGCGCCGAGUUACCAGCACCCAACUCGCAGGAACCCCCACGCCCACUGCUCUCCCCUCGGCGGAGUGCUCCCCAGUCCCUGGGACCGGUCCCUCAGGACCCGCCCCCUCAGGACGCCGUCUCCCCUCGGGACCCGCCCCCUCGGGACCCGCCCCCUCAGGACGCCGUCUCCCCUCAGGACGCCGUCUCCCCUCAGGACGCCGUCUCCCCUCACGACCCGUCCCUCGAACCCAAGUCUCCGCUACUACCCGCGGCACUGACGUGCGCGCUGCGAACCGAGGGAUCCGAGGCCGGUGUCUUCCGGACCCCACCUCUGGCUGCAGCAAAUGAAUCCGCAUCCAUCCUGGAAGAAGUGGAGUUUAUGGCUCUGGCGCCCCUGGUGGACACGCCCAGCCCCUCAACAGGCCCUUUCAACACAAUGCUGACCUCCCCAGGACCCAUAACACAGAACAGUGCACUUGCCAGCCUCCUGACUGGCCCCAUGAACAGCCACCUAGCCAGCCCCAUGGCAAUGCCCGCAGUGGGCACACUAGUCAGCUCUCUGGGCCUGCCCUCAACUGGACCCCUGACUCCAAGCAGCCAGCUGACCGGCUCCAUGCCAGCGUCCCCAGCAGGCACACUGACCAGCUCCAUGGGUCUCGUUUCUACCGGCCCCCUGACUCCAAGCAGCCAGCUGACUGGCUCCAUGCCAGCGUCCCCAGCAGGCACACUGACCAGCUCCAUGGGUCUCGUUUCUACCGGCCCCCUGACUCCAAGCAGCAAGCUGACUGGCUCCAUGCCAGCGUCCCCAGCAGGCACACUGACCAGCUCCAUGGGUCUCGUUUCUACCGGCCCCCUGACUCCAAGCAGCCAGCUGACUGGCUCCAUGCCAGCGUCCCCAGCAGGCACAGUGACCAGCUCCAUGGGUCUCGUUUCUACCGGCCCCCUGACUCCAAGCAGCAAGCUGACUGGCUCCAUGCCAGCGUCCCCAGCAGGCACACUGACCAGCUCCAUGGGUCUUGUUUCUACCGGCCCCCUGACUCCAAGCAACCCCUUGGCAGGCCCCCCACCCCUGUCUCUGAGCAUCCCCCCGCUCACCUCCACAGCUGCCCCCCCAGCUGUUUCUCAGAACCUUCUGGCCAACCCCAUGGGUAAUGGGGUGCUGUCUGAGGGCCCAAGGGUGCGGCUGCCAGAGCCACUCUACGGACACCCCUCCGGACCCCAUCCUUCCGCUGGUGCAGGGCCUGCUGCCACCUCCAAAGACCCACUCUCCACCGAGAAUCCCCUCCUGACCCGGGACCCUGAGCCCCUCAAUGUGACGUUCGUGGGGGAGCCCAUCCAGACCUCCACCCCCGUCAGCACCGUGGGCAAGCCGGGUUCACCAGCAGCCUUCUCCUACAGCACCUCAGGUGCCCGAACCCAGCCAGAUACUUCCCAGGGACAAGCAGCUCCUGUCCCUGUCCCCACUGCCCCAACGGCUUCCCCUUCUGCCCCUGCUCCUGUCCCCCAAGCUGCCACCAACUACAGCCCUGAAAGGAUCACCCACUCCCCUUCCCGGCCCUCCCCUACCCCCCACUCCCCACCACGAAACCCGCACUCCCCACCUCGAACUUCAUCCUCCCCGGCUUCUGUCAACAAUACCUGGGGCCUACGUGUCCCCAAAACGUCUCGGAAAAGUGCCCUGGACUUGGAGCGGAAGCUGGCCCACCGCAAGACCAGCAAGUACCCUGACAGCCCCCGAGAGUCAAAGCAGCCGGCCUGGGAGAGAUUGGUGGGGGAGGUCGCCUUCCAGCUGGACCGUAGGAUCCUCUCCAGCAUCUUUCCCGAGCGAGUGCGCCUCUACGGCUUCACUGUCUCAAACAUUCCUGAGAAGAUCAUCCAGGCCUCUCUGAACCCCAAUAACCACAAGCUGGAUGAGGAGCUGUGCCAGACGCUCACACAGCGCUACGUGAGCAUUAUGAACCGGCUGCAGAGUCUGGGCUACAACGGGCGGGUGCACCCAGCACUGACCGAGCAGCUGGUGAAUGACUUCGGCAUCCUGCGCGAGCGGCCUGAGCUGGCUGUGUCUGAGGGCGGCUCCUUCACCGUUGACUUCCUGCAGCGCGUGCUGGUGGAGACUGUGCACCCCAGCAUGCUCAGCGACGCGCUGCUGCUGCUCUCCUGCCUUAACCAGUUGGCGCACGACGAUGGCAAGCCCAUGUUCAUCUGGUGACUUACGCCCGCUCUGCCAGACUCGCCUCGCUCUGCCCCACUCCCCAGAGCACGGACAUUAAAGCUUCCCACAUAUGCUGGCCACUGGGCCUGCCUGCACUCCUGGCUGUGCUGCCUCCUUCGGUGGCCCCCAGUGCCCUCUCUCCUGUGCCCCGUCCUGGGGCAGCUGUCUGGCCAAG